GCUUACAAUCGUUCUUCUCUCCACUGUAUCUGCGAAUGUCAGAUUAUGUAGCACAUUCCUUUCAGUCUAGUUAUUAUCCGGGGUGAUCGCCUUGCACGAAAUGAAUGGUGUGAGAUGGCAUCCUCAAGGACUUCAUGGCAUUUGACAAGGCUACCAAGAAUACUUGGCAAAAAAGGUUAGAGCGCGACCAAACCGGGGACGGAAGCAUAUUCUGCGAUUAUCCGGGCGAUCGUUGUCGAUCUUCGAUCCUUGCAACUAAGUACUGUACGUUUUGGUUGUCUGCCUGUGGUUGUCUGUCUCGACGCUCUGAACCAGCAGGCAAAAGAUUUCUUUAUCUUGUCGCCAGGGGCCAAGAUUAGACAAGCGAGUGCAGGGGCAUUGUGGCGCUCGCUUGUGGAGAACAAUAUUGAGAAAUGGCUCUUUGGCCUUUGCAACGAGGCAGACUCGCCUCAACCACCUUGCGACGGUGCAACACUCUGGAAGCAUAUCUGCAGUAUAUCAACCUACCUAUAUUCUAUUCAAGUCGCACUCGUAUUCUAUUCAUACACCCUUCUCGAUAAGCCGCGCUUCCUUUCUACCGGCCACUCGCUAUUUUUUCUUACUCCUUUUUGACCGGUGUUUAUUGGCUUUGCUCUUUGCCUCUUGCCACCACCUUUGGCCUCCACUUUGGCUGGCUCUCUGCCUAUUUUACCUCGGCUGCGCCCUGGUUGAGCCCCUCAACAAGUCUUUCCUUUCUCCCUCCCACUCUUGCCACAUAUCUUCGGGGAUCCCCAUGCAUUUCCACGUCCCAUUCCUGCUCGCUCUGCUCAUCAAUGUCGCUCCUUCCGACGCAAACCUGCUCGCCCGCAGCACAGAGACCGUCCUUCGUGCUCACAAACAUGCCGUCAAACGCAGUGCCGGCUUAGCUCGCGACCUCCGAUUGGCUUUCAACGGUAUCUUGGUAGAGCAGAACAAGCUAGGUUCUAGCCGUGUCUACUGUGUGAGCUCACCUUCCGACAACGGGUCAACUUUGACGAACGGUACAAGUCCGAAUCCAUCUUCUCCGGCGACUUUUGCACCUAACCCGACAUCGACCGGCUCUAAAGGAUCGUCAAGUUCCACAACGUCUGGUGCCGCUCCGACCGGUAGCUCGUCUGCGUCGUCACCGUGGAAGCUGUCUCAGAACUUCCAAGGAAAUUCGUUCUUCAAUGGAUGGGACUUCUUCACUGGUGCGGACCCGACCAAUGGUCAGGUAACUUACGUGGACCAGGGUACUGCGCAAUCCGCCGGUCUGGUCAACAUCAACAAUGCGGGGAAUGUUAUCAUGCGAGUCGAAACGACUCCACAGGUCGCCACGACUCGCAAGAGCGUACGCAUCACCACAUCCAAGACCUACACCGGAGGCCUCGUUAUUAUGGACUCCGUACACAUGCCCACUGGCUGCGGCACCUGGCCAGCUUUCUGGAGCAACGGACCGAACUGGCCUGCAGGUGGCGAGAUCGAUAUCGUUGAAGGUGUAAAUGACUACACUAACAACCAGGCAACGAUCCAUACGAACCCCGGAUGUACGGUUCCGACCACGAACUCUAGCGUGUUGGCGAUUACCGGCACAUUGGUUGGCGGCACCAAUUGCGCUGCUGCGCAAACUGGCAACCAAGGAUGUGGAGUGCGUGCCGUACAGAGCAACUCGUUUGGAUCUACAUUCAACAACAAUGGAGGUGGUGUGUAUGCCAUGCAAUGGGACAAUAACGGCAUCUCGGUAUUCUUCUUCCCUCGGAACUCAAUUCCAAGCGACGUCUCCUCUGGUAAGCCUCAACCGAACAACUGGGGUCAACCAAUGGCCCACUGGCCUGCUUCCGGUUGCGAUCCGUUCAAGUUCUUCUACACCCAUUCGGCUAUUUUCGAUACCACACUUUGGUUCGUACCACUAUUUCGGAAAUGUUGGAUAGUAUUAACCUUCCAUGUAGUGGCGACUGGGCCAGUAGUGCUUGGACAGGUUCUGGCAUUCCGGGUCAGGAGCAAAGCUGCGCUCAGCGUACAGGUGUCGCUACUUGCGAAGAGUUCAUCAGGAACAAUGGUGCUGCGAUGAAUGAUGCUUAUUGGGAAGUCAAGAGCGUGAAGAUCUACCAGACUUCAUGAUCUCUUCUCUUUAUGUAACAUUUCUCCGUCGCUAUCGCCGCUUCCAUUUUCUGUUUGGUACACAUUUAUAUCCUGCGAUGAUGGCCAUGACCUUUACACCAUACCACGCACAAGUACAUGUUCAUAAUAUGCACCAUUGUAUCAUUCGCUUACUCGGAAAUGUGUAGGAUUAUCAGGGAAUAUGUAUGUUGUAAAUAGAUUAUAGACUUCGACGGAUGAGAAUGAAAUGAACGAAGCAGCUGUUCAUAUCGUCGUGUAAGGAGCAACAGCAUCCAUACAACGACUGUGAGCAU